AUGAGAAGAGCUUCAUCGAGACUCCUCUCUCACCUCCUCCAACCACCCACCAAAACUUCUUAUUAUAUCCUUUACAGAGACUCCACCACCCACUUUUCUUGCCUCGCCGCUGCCACCACCACCGUCACCACCAAUGAUCGGUCUUUGAGCCACAAGUCACAUUCCCAUCUGAAUUCUUGUUCAAAGACUCCAUCUUUCCUCCCCUCUAGGCCCAAAACAUCUCAGAAUCUGAACACCCUUGUUGACCCAAAUGGCCAAAAUGUCUCUAAGAUGUCCUCAAGACAGAGGAAAAUUAAAGAAAGAUCACAAAUUGAGGAGGCUUUUGAGUCGGCCGAGUCGGCGGACGACAUGCUUGAAGCUUUCAAAGACAUGGAGGCGUCCUUUGAUGAGAGAGAGCUGGGCUUGGCGUGCUUGAAAAUGGGCCUCAAACUUGACCAAGAAGGCGAGGACCCUGAAAAGGCUCUGUCUUUUGCUCAAAGGGCUUUGAAAAUCAUGGAUGAUAAUCAGAAUAAUAGUAAUAAAUCGUCUUUGCCUCUUGCCAUGACUUUACAAUUGUUGGGUUCUGCUUCUUACAGUCUAAACAGGUUUAAUGAUAGUUUGGGGUAUUUGAAUAGGGCUCAUAGAGUGUUGAGCAAGAUAGAGCAGGAGGGUUCCUGUAGUGCUAAUGAUAUAAGGCCUGUUUUACAUGCUGUUCAGUUUGAAUUGUAUAAUACUAAGACGGCAAUGGGUAGGAGAGAGGAGGCUAUUGGUAAUCUUAGGAAGUCUUUAGAGAUUAAAGAAAUGACUUUGGAAGAAGAUAGUAGAGAACUUGGCAAGGCCAAUAGGGAUGUAGCAGAGGCAUAUGUUGCUGUUUUGAAUUUUAAGGAGGCACUUCCAUUUUGUUUGAAGGCAAUGGAAAUACAUAAAACGCAGUUGGGGCAUAACUCGGUGGAGGUUGCCCAUGAUAGGCGGCUUCUUGGAGUUAUUUAUACUGGAUUAGAGGAGCAUGAGAAGGCGCUGGAACAAAAUCAAUUAUCACAAAGGGUCUUGAAGAACUGGGGUCGUAGUUCAGAUUUGCUACGUGCAGAGAUUGAUGCUGCCAAUAUGCAAAUUGCCUUGGGGAGGUAUGACGAGGCUAUUAAUACUUUGAAGGCCGUUGUUCAGCAGACUGACAAAGAGAGUGAGGAUCGAGCUUUGAUCUUCAUUUCCAUGGCCAAAGCUUUGUGUAAUCAGGAGAAGUUUGCAGACUCAAAGAGGUGCCUCGAGAUUUCCUGUGGAAUUCUAGACAAGAAAGAAAGUUCUUCUCCUCUCAAUGUCGCUGAGGCAUUUAUGGAGAUUUCUAUGCAGUAUGAGACAAUGAAUGAAUUUGAAACUGCAAUCUCCUUGCUAAAGAGAACAAUGGCAAUGCUUGAGAAACUGCCUCAAGAACAACAUUCAGUGGGAAGUGUUUCUGCUAGAAUUGGUUGGUUGCUUCUGUUGACAGGCAAGGUGGAAGAGGCAAUUCCUUACUUGGAAGAUGCUGCAGAAAGAUUAAAAGAGAGUUUUGGUUCCAAGCAUUUUGGAGUGGGUUAUGUUUAUAAUAACUUAGGAGCAGCUUAUUUAGAAUUAGAGAGACCACAAUCAGCUGCUCAGGUGUUUGCAUAUGCGAAAGAUAUCAUGGAUGUUUCUCUAGGUCCUCAUCAUGCGGAUUCGAUAGAAGCGUGUCAGAACCUUUCAAAAGCAUAUGCUGCGAUGGGAAGCUAUCCACUUGCAAUUAACUUCCAGGAGAAGGUAGUCGAAGCUUGGGAGGGCCAUGGACCAAGUGCUCAAGAUGAACUCAAAGAAGCUAUUCGAGUUCUUGAACAAUUAAAGUCAAAAGCUCGCGGUUCAUCUUCAGAGUCUCUUAUGAAGGCCUUGCCUUUGCCCCGUGAAAGUGAAGGUCUCUCUGGGAGGAAUCUGAAGUCUCAUGUUUCAUUCAAGGAAAGUUAUUCUUCAAGACCAGUGGAUUGCUGUUCUGCCUCUUCCCCAUGCAUUUCUGUCUAA